UGUCUAAGCGAAGUGUUUCAUAGGCAGUGUUUUGUAUGCGAGCUUUAUCUUGAGUUUGAUGUAAAAACAUUCUACUUGAAACCUCUUAAAAAUCUUUAAAAUUUUUCCAAAUUAUCUUUGGGCUUUCCGACCUCGAGAUAUAUAAGUUAAUAUCGAUGAGCAAUAUGAAUUCUUAAAGCGAUACGGCAUUCAUCUUAAUCGUCGUUUCGUAUCUGAAGGAAUAGUACUCGCUUCCUAAACCAUGAUAAAGCACUAUUGCAGAAUUCUUUUAGCUUUUUUGGCAGUGGUCUAUGGCGAGGACAACAGGAACACCACGUUCACGUGUGGACAAAAGGAAAAGUCGUAUUCAUAUUUAGACUUAGCAACAGAGAUGAUUUUAAAAGCGAAGGAGAAUUAUCCCAAUUGUCAGGAAAUAGGUGGCAAUUCUUCAAGAUAUGUGGACUGCGCAGAGCUUUUCCGAGCUGGUUUUAAGAGAAGCGGUGUGUACACUAUCUGUCUUAGAAGUAGAGUGAUUGAAGAUAAAUCGCUUGAAGUUUACUGCGAUAUGACAACUGAUGGUGGAGGAUGGGUCGUCAUACAAAGAAGAGGGAAUUUUUUGAGACCCAACGACUACUUUUAUAAGGACUGGCAAAGUUAUAAAAAUGGAUUUGGUGAUAUUGAAAGAGAUUUUUGGUUAGGUAACGACAACAUUUUUGCUUUGACUAACCAAGGAUUGUAUUCUAUUCGAUUUGACUUAACGGAUGUAGAGGGAAGCAAACGCUAUGCUCUGUAUGAUACUUUCUGGAUUGAUGAUGAAGACCACAAGUACACCCUUCAUAUCGCAGAUUACAGUGGAGACGCAGGGGACUCAAUAACUGUGCAACACAACAACCAGAAAUUUUCUACAAAAGACCAGAAAAACGACAAUAACAAGGAUCAGAGCUGCGCUCAGGAGUUUAAAGGUGCGUGGUGGUAUAACGCUUGCCACGACUCGAACCUUAAUGGCCUGUAUCUGAGGGGAAAACAUGACAGUUAUGCAGACGGUGUUGUUUGGCAGACGUGGAAAGGCUACAAAGAGUCAAUGGACACAACUGAGAUUAAGAUUAGACCUAAAAAUUUCAGAAAAACUCAAGAAACACUUAUAACUCCUUUACGUCGAUAAUUUAAAUAAUUCCGAAAAAGCAAACAAGGCAGAAAUGUAAUAAUUAUUAAAUAAUAAAUUAUUCUGUAAAUGAA